CAAAAUUGCAGUCAAUUAAAAACAUUAUCAUCCACACAUGAAGACCUCACCGACGUUUCUCCUCCAACCACUCUGUUAAAGCACUCUAACACAAACACACAUUUUCCUUUCCUUCCGCACCAAACUCUCCCCCAGUAAAAAAAGAAUCUGAAAUCCAGCUUCCUCAGAUGCGUAAACCCUAGCCUUCCCACCCAGCAUCUGAGAAAUGACGACGGUUCCAAUGGAUAUCGUCAACGACCUCUUCCUCCGUCUCCCAGCAAAGACCCUGGUCCGCUUCCAAGCCCUCUCCAAGCCCUGUUACCACCUAAUCAACAGCCCCGACUUCAUCUCCUCCCAUCUCACCCGCGUCCUCAAGACCAACGACCACCUCAUGAUCCUCCUCCGCGGCGCUCUCCAUCUCUACUCUGUAGAUCUCGAUUCCCUAGACACCGUCUCCGACGUCGACCACCCGAUGAAACGCGGCGGUCCGACCGAAGUCUUCGGUUCCUGCAACGGUUUAAUCGGGUUAUCGAAUUCCCCAACCGAUUUAGCCAUCUUUAACCCCUCUACUCGUCAGAUCCACCGGAUACCUCCUUCUCCAGUGGAUCUCCCCGAGGGUUCGAGUACACGUGGCUACGUGUUUUACGGGUUAGGGUACGAUUCUGUUAACGAUGAUUAUAAAGUUGUGAGGAUGGUUCAGUUUAAGCGUGACUCGGAUGAUGAAAUCGGUUGUAGUUUCCCUUACGAGGUUAAAGUUUUCAGCUUUAAGAUGAAUUCGUGGAAGAGGAUCGAAUCUGUUUUACCUCCGGUUCAGCUCUUGUUUUACUUUUAUUACCAUUUGCUCUAUCGUCGUGGCUAUGGUGUUCUUGCUGGUAAUAGUCUUCACUGGGUUUUACCUCGAAGGCCUGGUUUGAUUGCGUUUAACAUCAUCGUGAGGUUCGAUCUCGCCUUGGAGGUUUUCGACAUUGUGAGGUUUCCGGAGGCUAUUGCCAACGGUGAUGUUGAUAUUCAGAUGGAUAUUGGGGUUUUAGAUGGGUGUCUUUGUUUGAUGUGUAACUAUGAUCAGAAGUAUGUUGAUGUUUGGAUGAUGAAGGAGUAUAAUGUGAGAGGUUCUUGGUGUAAGGCUUUCACGGUUCAGAAACCCAAAAGUGUGAAAAUGUUUGCCUUUAUGAGACCUUUGGUUUAUUCCAAGGAUAGGGGUAAGGUUCUUUUGGAGAUUAAUAACACGAAGCUGGUGUGGUUUGAUCUUGAGACUAGGAAGCUUACUACUCUUAGGAUUAAGGAUUGUCCUAGCUCGUAUAGCGCGGAACUCGUUGUGAGUAGCCUUGUUUUGGGAUGUAAAGGAGAUAUUGAUAACAUUAAGCAUAGGAAAGAACAACGAGAUAAAGAAGCUAGAGAAGCCAAAAUUAUGCAAAACAGUAAAAAGAGGGAUGAUUUCCUGUCCAAGGGAUUCAAACUGGUCUUAUAAGCAAAAGCAAGAGAAGGAUUUGGAUUUUCAGGGCGGGGAAAAUGGGAAGCUAUGAAUUGCACAGGAGAUAUUAGUAAUCAACAACUUAACAAUAGCGUGUACCAAAAAGGCUUGGUAAUAAACAAUCUUAACAAUAGUGUAUAUCAGAAAUGAGAAGCUACUGCAGUAUGGGAAGUGUACUAGGAUCUAAGAUAUGUAACUUAAUGCAAGUGUUGUUGCUUUCUGUAAAUGGAGUGAAAUCAUAAAAUCUCUAUGUAACUCUUUUCAAAGUUUGUUUUGACUUACGGAGGAUGCAUUAGUUAAGAUGUGAAAAAGCUUUCAUACACACAAAAGUGUUAUCAACAACUUACAGAAAGAGUAGCUUUUAAAAUCGAAUUCAGAAAUGCUUGAAUGUAACUUGUAUGCAUAUUUAAAAAUUUCUUCCUGAAAGACUGU